CCUAGAACCCAAAUCCGGGGACAUGGCAGACGCCGUGCACUCGUGAGACGGGUCCCACAAAUGCACAAGGCUCGGAACUUAAUCAUAUCACAAAAUCUGAAGAUAAAAUCUUAAAAUCUGCUCUGAUAUCAUAAAAUCUCCAAAUACACUCUAGUUUACAAGAUCAUGAUUUAUAUCUAAAAUCUAUAUCAAUCUCGAAAUGGCUAGCCUUCUAACUCGUCACUUCCCGUGGUUUUCCUGUCCUCGGUUUCGCUUCCUGAAAUGGUGGACAAGGAAAAACUAUGAGAUAAACUCAGUAAGUAAAAUAUGGAUAGCCCUUAAUUAAACUUAUAGCAUGCCAACCAGUAUAAUCACGAAAAAUAGGUAUGAAUACGGAAACGAAAUAAACGUCUCCUCUAUAGGUCACGGCCAGUGUUAUAAACCUCCCAUUGGUGGGUACAGUAGUAACCAAUGUUUUGUUCCAUUGGCAGGAUUACAGAAUACGAACCGGUUCUAUCAGUAACAUGUCGACAUGUGCUAGCAUUUAUAAACCUCCCUGUCACACCCCAAAACCCGAGUUCAAGGCGCGACAGACGCCGUGCACUCGUAAACGGGUCUCACGAAUGCACAAGGUUCGGAACUUACUGAGUUCUUAAUUUCCAAUUCAGAUAAUUCAGAUCUAAAACUCAAGUAAAAUCUAACUUUCCAUUACCAAAAUUUACUAUUUCAGAUAUACAAAAGUUUAUAAACAGUUAUGGCUAUAACCAAGGGAACUUUGUACGCAAAAAUGGUUAUUUCUAUCAACCAUGAGAGACUAGCAGCUUAACUCCAAAAGAUCUAAGUCCACAAUAAUGCCUAGCCGUCUAGCUCGUCACUCCCUCGGUUCUUUAUGUAUCGGGUAUCACUACCUGAAAUGGUGGACAAGGAAAACUAGGUCAGAUAAAAUAUCUCAGUAAGUAAAAUAUGGAUAGCCCGUGAGUAAAAUUUUAAGCAUGCCAGAUAAACAUUUUAACAUAACAAACUUUCAAUGAAAACCAUUCAUGCAUAAUAAAACUCAUUAGUAGUCUCAUCCAUAGGUCAUGGCCAACGUUUAUAAACCUCCCACUGGCGAGCACAGUAGUUGCCAAUGUUUAACCCCAUAGGCAAGGUUACAGAAGUGCCAGUGUUUAACAACUCCCACUGGCAGGCGUCAGUAAUGGUGCCAGUGUUUACAACUCCCACUGGCAGGCGACAGUAAUUACCAAUGUUUAACCCCACUGGUAGGGUGAACCGGUUCUACAGAAAUACAUGUCGACAUGUGCUAGCGUUUAUAAACCUCCCACUAGCGGGCACAGUAAUCAGUAAUCAUGACCAUAUCUGAGACAAAACCAUGCAGAGUUUACAGAAAAACCCGGAUUUCACAAUCAAUCCCAAUUUCAUAAAUAACUAGAAAAAUU